AUUGGAUCGAUAAGCCAUGUGCAUCAGUGUACAACGCAAUAGCAACUCACCAUAGGCCACACCAAUAACAAGAUGCCACUAGACCUUGCAAACGUCGAACCCUGCAACUCUGCCAUAAUCGUCGUCGACGUACAGAACGACUUCGUCAGCGGCAGUCUCGCCGUCCGCGAUGCAGAGCAGGUCAUCACUCCCAUCAACGCACUCCUGAAGCUCCCAUUCGCCAUUAAAAUUGCCACCCAAGACUAUCACCCGGCCAACCACAUAUCCUUUGCGCGCAAUCACGAGGGCAAGAAGGAAUUUGACCAGAUCGUCAUCUUUCCUCCCGCAGAGUUGGUAGUAGGGAGGACGCUUGAGGAUGAAAGGUCCCUUGAAGGGCUAGAACAGGUGCUGUGGCCUGUUCAUUGUGUUCAGGACACUUUUGGGGUAGCAUUUGUGGACGGCCUGGAGCACGAGGGCCUGGAGGUCGUCCGUAAAGGCUGCGAUGUCGGGAUCGAGUGCUAUUCUGCAUUCGAAGACCCGUGGGGACUCACGAAUACUGGACUCAAGGACAAGCUGAGGAACAAAGAGAUAUCAAAUGUUUUCGUGGUCGGCAUAGCGGGAGAUUAUUGCGUCAAGUCUACUGCACUCGAUGCAAAGAAAUACGGGUUCAGGACAUUUGUGAUCAGGGAUGCGGUCAGGAGUGUGUCUGAUAACGGUCUGGAAUGGAUUGAGAUGGACAAGGCGGGAGUGGAAAUCAUCGACACAGCUGAAGAGCUUUUGACGUCAGGAGUGUUAUCUCAGUAG